AUGUAUCUUGCUUGUGAGAGGAGUGGCCAAUAUAGAGCAACAAAGAAGUUAAAACAUGAUGGCAACAAUACAUCAAGAAUAACCGGUACGAAGAAGUGUGGUUGUCCUUUUGAUAUGAGGGCUCACAGGUUUACCACACACGAUGAAUGGACAUUGACCGUAGUAUGCGGAUUGCAUAAUCAUCCACCUGCAGAGCACCUCGAGGGACAUUUAUAUGCGGGGAGGCUAUCAAAGGAUGAGAAAGCAUUGUUAAUGGAUAUAUCAAAGAGCAUGGUUCGGCCAAAAGAAAUCCUAGUAACCUUGAAACAGCAAGAUGCCCUCAAUGUAAGCACACUUAAAACCAUUUACAAUGUACGCCAUCGAAACAGGGUGGCACAGAGAGCUGGAAGAUCACAGAUGCAACACUUAUUGGGUGAAUUGGCCAAGUAUAAUUACAUUGAGCGCCAUCGAUAUCGGCUUCCUCUUCUUGAAAUUGUGGGAGUGACAUCAACUGAAAUGACAUUCUCUGUAGCUUUUGCAUACUUACAGUAUGAGAGGGUCGAUAACUAUGCGUGGGUGUUAGCCACAUUACGUGAUGUCAUGGAUGGGUUUGUUGUGCCAACAGUUAUUGUUACUGACAGAGAGCUAGCCUUGAUGAAUGCCAUACAGAAGAUAUUCCCGAGUGCCAGACAUUUAUUAUGUCGUUGGCAUAUCAUGUAUUCAUCUUCUGAAAUUCAAUACGAGGAGCGUCUUAAAUCAUUACUUAAGGAAUUCAGUAGUUAUCCUGAUGCAGUCAAAUAUGUCAUGGAUACUUGGUUGGUUCCUUACAAGGACAAAUUUGUGGCGGCAUGGACAGACACGUGUAUGCAUUGUGGCAAUGUUACAACGAACCAGGCUGAGAGUGCACAUGCAAAACUUAAAAGACAAUUGGAUUCAUGUCAAGUCUCAUUUCAGGCAUCAUUUGAGAACAUACACAGUCUGCUUGAGUUGCAACACACUAAUAUCAAGGCUUCAUUUGUGAAAAGUCUAACUAUUGUGCAACAUCAAUUUAAACCUUCUCAAUUCAGGGAGCUACGGGGGAAUGUGUCUAUCUCUGCAUUAGAGUAUUUGCUUGUCGAGAGUAAGAGAGCCAAUUCCAUUGGUAUUGAUGUUGAAGCUUGUGGAUGCGUCCUUCGCCACACUCAUGGUUUAUCUUGCGCCCAUGAGAUUGCUUACUACAUCAGACAAGAUCGUCCUAUACCACUUGCUACCAUACACUCACAGUGGAGGCAACUUCAUAUCUCCAUAUGCAAGAAAGAAGAGGAAACAGAGGUGACUUGUCAUGCAGAAGUAGAGUUAUUUGUCAACAAGUUUAAUGAAAGUGAUAGAACCAUGCGAUUGGAGCUUUUGAAGAAGUUGAAAGAGAUUGUAUAUCCGGGAAGCUCUUUUCUUGUUGAGCCGGAGGUGAAGCCCAAAGCACGUCCUCGGGAUCAUAAGAAGAUCAAUGUUUCUACCCGUCGUGACCUGUGUGCAUUUGAGUUAGUGCAAUCUGGACAUGAUUCCUUCUUACCUAGGGACACUCAAAUCACUACAUUAGCUUCUACUUUGCAAACCAAGAAGAAGCGACCUGUUAAGGGAAAGGAGAAGGUGAACCCGAAAGGGAAGGCAUACAUUACUAGAACAGUGAAACCUGGUGCAUAUGUUGAUGCUUUCCUUACUGGGUUAAAACCAUACAUUAAGUUUGUCAAGGAUCAGCACGGCCCAGUAAUGCAAUAUAAUACACAACAGGACAGGACUUUGAACAAAUUAUUUAUUUUGGAAUAG